AUGCCAGUUGACGUACAUCUUCAUAUAACAUGUCCUUAUACAAAUGAGCUUAUUCGGAAUGUUCUUGAAGAAGAAAAUGGUUUAUUUACUUUAACAAAUUCAUCGAAUUCAACUAAUAAUGAUAUAUUAUAUUGGCUGGAAUACGAAGAAAUCGAUUUUGAUACACUCUUUCGUCAAGCGAGAGAUUCAAAUAAUAAUACGAAAGUUUUAGCCAAUUCAUAUUGUAUACGAAAAGGUUUAAUACGUAAGGCUAAUUUUGCAAUGUUUAUACAAAAAUAUUUAGCAAAAAAACCAGACGCCAUCUUACGUAACCAUUAUCCUGAAACUCACGUACUAGAUUUAUGUCAUCCAGAUUAUCUCGAAGAAGCACUUAAUGAAGCAUUUGAAUUGCGUGAUGCUUUAGAAGAAAAUAUUCAAGGAAAAAAUGAACCCAUUCCUUUUAUUCUUAAAGCAUCGAUUUUAGAUAAAGCAAGUGAAUUAUGUAUUUUUCAAACGCAAUUAGAAUUAGAAGAAUACUUUACAGCUAAAUAUGAUGAAGAAGAAGAUGAUGACGAUGAAGGUAAUAGUAUAGCUAAUGUACGAGAAUGGAUUGUUCAACGUUAUAUAAAAAAUCCUAAACUUCUUUCAACAUAUCAAAAUCGUAAAUUUCAUUUACGUGUUUAUGUUGUUGCUGAAAGAAAUCUUCGUAUCUAUGUUUAUGAUGGUAUUUUAGCUUUAUUUGCAUCGUUAUCCUAUGAUGAAAAUGAUAAUCAAUCAUUUGAUCGACUUCGUCAUAUAACAAAUACAUGUGCACAAAUCGAUACGAAAUUAAAAGAAGAUGAUUUAGUAAAGGAAUUUUUUACAUUAGAAGAAGUUAAUGAUGAUAUACGUUCAAAUAUAUUUGAACAAAUCAAAUUAAUUCUUAAUGAUAUUUUUACUGGUCUUCAUAAUGAAGUAACAAUAUUUCAACCAUUAAAAAAUGCUUUUGAAAUCUAUGGUUUUGAUUUUCUUAUUGAUGAAAAUAAUCAAGUUUAUUUUCUUGAAGCAAAUGCUUAUCCAGAUUUUAAACAAACAGGAAAUUCAUUAAGUAUAUUAAUAAAAGAAUUAUUUCAAAAUAUUGUUCAACAAAUUAUUCUACCAUAUUUUGGUUAUGAACAAUCGAAAAAAGAUCUUCAAUGUCAACUUCAUCUCGUUUAUGAUAAACAAAAGAUUAUUUAG